UCUUGCAACCGGGUAUAGCGGCGGCCGCGACACUUGGCAUGCGGGCGUGUGUCGGAUGAGGGGUCCCACUUAUGUGCUUGUAGGGAAAGAGACGCAAUGGAGUCGAGGGGGUCAUCCCUCCCAACUGUGGCGAGGGAAUGGACGGGUAUCAUGCAGUUCCCGGUGACGACGCAGGCAUCAUUGCACGAGCUCCUUGAAAGGCUACGAAAAGACAAUCGGGACUCGUUGACGAUUUUGGUGCUUGGGAAAAGUGGAGUAGGGAAGAGCUCCACAGUGAACUCCAUUUUUGGGGAGAGGGUUUGUGUUGUUAGCGCUUUCCAGUCAGAGACGAUAAGACCGACGGUUGCUUCAAGAACCCGUGCGGGGUUUACGGUCAACGUUAUCGAUACACCGGGACUUGUGGAAGCCGGUUGCGUGAAUGACCAAGCGGUGGAUGCCAUCCGGAGAUUCAUCCUUGAUAAACCUGUGGAUGUGGUGCUUUACGUCGACCGUCUGGAUGGUUAUCGUGUAGAUUCGUUAGACCGACAGAUACCGAUCGUCUUGGUGGAGAACAGUGGGAGGUGUGCGACGAAUGACGAGGGGGAGAAGAUAUUGCCCAACAAGACAGUAUGGUUAACCAACCUAAUGCGAACUAUCGUGGAGGUGGUGACUGCGGAGAAGGCCGCAAAGUACACCAUUGAUGAGCGGAUGAUCAAGGGAACUGAUGGGAACUGGUGGCACAAAUUGAUAACAGUCCCUUUGUUCUUGUUUCAGCUGAAGGUUCUGUAUCCGUUGAUACGGGCGAGAAUAUUUGCGGAUAUUGAUGAGGGGACAGAGGAUGAAUGAGAGGGGCAGAUGGAAGGAGAAGUAGAGCUCUGCGACCGUAGAGAGAAGGUGGUGAUGGAUUAGCAGCAUGCAGUGAGUAGCUUUUACACACCGUUUUGAUAAUUCUUUUGGAUGCGUUGAUCGUAUCAAGCAAUCCUAAUCUUCAUUAGUGGAGGAGGAUUCUGCACUUGCUUUGUCUUAUCUCUCGCUGUUUUUUUCCCUCAUCGGAUCCGAAUGCAUGUAGAGAGGUUGUCUUGUUGUACAGUGGGCAUCAAUUUCAAUUUACCUCCUCCUCGCUACAAUUGGAAAGCUUUCUCCUUAUCGCUACUUCUUCUUCCUUUCUAUAAUCAAUACGUUACGACAUG